AUGUCAAAUGUUGCGCCCGGGAGUAGAGAAAGCGCCCCCACACCAGCCAUGACCAUGACGGCUGCUGGCACAUUAGCACACCACCGAAUUUGGUGGCCGCGGGUCAUUCGUGUGGGGUCGUUUGCUUUUAUUUUAUUGGCGUUUGUCAUGUUUGUUUUGGGGAUGAGUGGAAAGAGUCAUAUAAUUGUGCGGGUGAAGGGUUGGGACGAAGUUUUUGCAGUGGUUGGGACCUGUUGUUUCUUCCACCCCGCCACCGUCGUGUAUCAAUGGACCUCUCGCAUGCCGUGCAUGGCGCGUCUGCAAGAGUCAAGGAUAAUUUUCCACGCGUUACAGUUUCUCUUGUCGUUGGCAUACUUGGCGCAGCAGACGGUCUUAAUGGCGUAUCUUGUUCUGUAUUUUGGUCCCUUCUGCUUGUUGUUUCUGAUUUCUGACAUCGCCGUCGCUGCAAUGAUGGCAAUGACGAUGCUACUGCAAUCAUUACCCGUGCCAAUUGCGCGACACUGGCCGGCAUUCUACGUCCUGGGUCAGGCAGGGAAGCUGGUGGUGUUAUGGUCCGCGCUGGGGGAGCCGAUGGUGGCUGCACCACGAAUGGGGGUCAAUGGCCUCCUGGGAACGUUGAUGCUCACUAUACCCGUGGUACAAUUCCCGGUGCUUAUUUCACGAAUUCGUGUAGGGAUGUCGUUGACGAAGGCGUAUACUACAAACAUGGCAGCUGUUUUUGCUCACGUGCUGCAUUUCAUGGAUGUGCUUGAGCUUUACUUCACUGGAGUGGAGGUGCGACAGUUCUCAGGCAAUGUAAAGCUGCUUGUGCUCUUUUUUGCCGUCAUGGGUCAUAUCACAUGCAACCUGUAUUACGCCUCACUGUUCUUUAAAGACGAGGAAACCGUGCGGUUCCUACGCCGCUUUGAGGAGCCAAGGGGGGACGACGCCGAUUUGAUCGCCCGUACGGAGCAGGCCAGAGACGACGAAUUGUUCCACUACUUUCUUUGGACAUUCUUUUUUAUCGACCUCCUGUACGCCGUGAUGCGGUUGGUGCUAUUUGUUGUCAACGGGACAGAUGUGUCCGUCUUUUUGGGGAAGAAUUUCAUGAUGAUUGUUGGUGUCGUUAUGCUGUUGGUGCGGGCUAGCAGGCCGUAG